AUGGCAAGUCCCGUGGAGCAGGCGCUGGGCGUGUUGGUCGCUACUUUCCACAAGUACUCGGGGAAGGAGGGGGACAAGUACAAGCUGAGCAAGCAGGAGCUGAAGGACCUGCUCACCAAGGAGCUGCCCACCUUCACCAAACAAAGCAACGAGGGCGACUUACAGAAGAUCAUGGGCUACCUAGACAGCAACAGUGACAGCGAGGUGGAUUUCCAAGAGUACAUGAUCUUCGUGGCCUCCCUGGCCAUGAUCUGCAACGAGUUCUUCCAGGAUUACCCCAACAAGCUGCCGCGUGAUGUGUGA